AUGUCGGACAAGCCAGUCCCAGAUGCGGAUGCGCUGGAACUCCCACCCCGCGCUGUACGUGACGUCCUUCGCGUGUGUCUUAGCGCAAAGGAAUACCGAUUCCUUCACGAAUCGGUGACCAAACGCGCCCCUGCCGUGCAAAACAAGCUACCAUCUCCAUCUCGCUACGAUGUCAUUGCUCGCCCGAAGAAUCGCCACAGUGAAGCUGCUAUUCGCUCAUCGCUGCGAGUCUUCGUCGGCUCUGGAAUCGCGUUGAAGUUGGCGGAUCUGUUGAUUACUCGGUUCCAAGGCGCUCCACAGAAAAAGACCCGAACCCCCCUCUUCCGGUCUCCCAAAUUCCGUCUCUCCAUCUCCCUCUCCCUCCUCCUUCUCAUCCAUCGCCUCCUCUACCGCUUCCUCAUCCGACUGCGAGCCAACCUCCGCACCGAUGAGGCAGAACCAUUCAGAGAACGCAACCCGCGUGUCUCGCGGGCGUUGACCUCGCGCUUUGCCCCAGCGAUCGGAGCAAGUCUGGCGGGUUUCGCCUUAGGUAUCUGUCCGCAGGAUCAGCUUCGACUGACUGCGGCAAUUUACACUGGCACCAGGAGUUUGGAAUUCUUGUUCAAUGUCCUGGACUCUGAAGGCUGGCUGGAUAAGCGCCCGUGGUGGUUCGGCAGCUGGCUGUUGAUGCCCAUCUCAUUUGGGCAGCUUUUCCAUGCUUUCGUGUUUGAUCGCGAGACCACACCCAAUUGGUUUGGAAAUGUGAUCUUGAGACUCUCACCGAGUUACAUCCAAGGCCGACCGGAGUCGCUCCCGGCCAACAUCGCCUGGCCCGAGAAGGAAGAGAUCGUGAACUCUCUCGCCUCUAUUGCUGAUCUUCGUUGGCCGGCAUUCGUUUCUCCAAUCCUACACCCCGACGACCUCAACACCUUGCCGUCAUCGGUGGCUUCCAUCUCCCCCAUCACUGGACCAGCACACCCAGCGAUCUCAAAUCUAUCAUGCGCCCUCUUGCACCCGAGCCUCCCGAACUGCAGCACGGCAUUCUUACAUCACAUCCUCCUCUCUGUGCCGCCGCUUGCGCGCUUCCUCACGGCUGUGACUCUGGCGCUUUCGAUUCCCAAACUGAAGAGUAUCCUGCUUCAGCCUAUUUCGUCAUUGAACACUAUCUCAAAGCGGAUCAUCACCAUGACAGCGGUUCUGUCUGCUGCAAUUGGCUCAGCGUGGGGUAGUGUGUGUCUCCUGAACAACAACUUGCCCCGAACAACGCUUCCUACGAAACGGUUCUUCCUCAGUGGAGCACUGGGCGGUCUACCCUUUUUGUUCCUGGGCAAUAGCCGCAGCACUUUCCUCUGGUUCUUCCGGGCCGCUGUUGAUUCGGCGUACAAGACUGGGGUCAAGCGCGGACUAUGGAAGGGCCGAAGAAGCGGUGAGCUGUUGUUGUUUGUUAUGUCUUGGGCGCUUAUGGGGUCGAUCCUUGAGGCGAACCCCGAGGCCGUGCAGGGUGGUGGACUGCGUAAAGCUCUGGGUUGGCUACGAGGUGAUGGAUUUGCGGAUCCUGUGGAUAUCGCGAAACGCAAAUUGCGUCGGGAAUCGAAGAAACCCGACACGGAAGCCAAUUAA